AUGAGAACUGGGUUGAUUUGUUUGAUGAUCCAAUUGUUUUGUUGGCUGUCCAGGGUAGUCUUAAGAGCCUUCUCCAACAUGAUCCUUCCAAAACUCUGUGUGUUCUUUUUUAAAGGCAGCUUUGGCACGGGCAUAUUGUGCACACCCUGAAGCCUCUUCUUCAUCUUAAAAGAAUGCUUCCUGUGAGACAGGAAAAUCUGCACAUGCUAGUAAAUAAGUUAGCACUUUUUUUAAAAAAGAGUUUUGUCCAUUUAAGGAAAAGAUAGAUUUGCCAAUCAGAGAGAUUCAGUCUGAUGUGCCAGCAUUUUUAAACACAAAGGUUAUCAACCAGGAAAAAAAAAAAUUCUCUCAUUGCGGCUACAUUCACACAACCUGCAAAACUAACCAAAGUUCAUGCUAACCAAGUGUUGCUUCUUGUGCAAAUGUAUCUGCACCUUGCCACUUUUAGCGAGUUGUGAAAACACGAUGAUGCACGAUUACACUGAUUACAUCUAUGCCUCGCUUUUUCUCUCGCAGUUCAAGAAAGCGAACGAGGAACUGGGGAGCGUAAGUAGGUUUCCAGGGCUCUCGCUCAGCCCCAGUUAAAUGGUUCCUCGCAGGUAGGAUGGGCUGCGGAGAGAUCGAUGGAGAGGGGCCGCUCGGCUCUCUGCUGAAAAGGUCUGCCGAGAUACUGUAGUUCGUUUGAGACAGAGAAGACGGGAAGCGGGUGGAAGAAAGUCAGCUUGGAAAGGAAGGAAGCGAUCAGAACCAAGACAGGCACGCCUCUUCCGGUGUAAUGCUCCAAAUAAGUACUGAAAGUGAACUGUAUUCCACAAAAGCUUAUACCAAACCUUGAGCUUGACUGCCUGGAGCCUCAGGAACUCAGCUGUCAUCCCCAGUUUUUGUGCUCCUGCAGCAAUGCCAGAAGGCCCAUCUGUAAAGAAGUUCCAGCUUCUAUGUUCUCCCUUUGUAGGGCAGGUGGUAUCCAGAGUGGGAGGAAGCACUAGACAGAUCAAUCCAGAUGAUCUGAAAACACUGACACUGUGGGAUACCCAAGUCCAUGGGAAGAACUUGUUUUUGGCCUUUGGCACCAAGGAGGAAUUAAUGCCCAGCCAGGACAGUAUACCCUUGGAUUUGUCUGAACACAGGUCUGCCAGUCAAAGGCUGGCCAUGCCUGGAAGCAGUUCCUUUCUCCAGGGCCUGAAAGAAAAUGAAGCUGAAAUCUGCAGUCCUCAGUGCUAUCAACAAGAAGAGUUAGCAAGUUGGUUGGCGUCUGAUAUGGAUAAUAAUAAUGGGCACACUUGGAAAUGGCUCCGUUUCCACUUUGGUCUGUUUGGAAGCAUCCGAGCUGAUGAGUUUGCAAGGGCUAAUAAGGCAAACAAAAAAGGCGACUGGAAAGAUCCAAUUCCCAGGCUGGUUCUGCAUUUUGAUGCUGGGGGCUUCCUGGUAUUUUAUAAUUGCCGCAUUCAGCAGUGCUCUUCUCCUACCACUGAGCCAGCGACUGAUAUCCUGAGCCUGGAGUUUGACCGGGAACGGGCUUUGGAGGUCCUUGCAAAAGAUAUUCCUGUGUGUUAUGUGCUCCUGAACCAAAGUUAUUUCUCAGGAAUAGGAAAUGUCAUUAAAAAUGAAGCCCUGUAUCUGGCAAGGAUCCAUCCACUUUCCCUUGGCUCCUCUUUGGAAUCCUCAGACCUCAAAUCUUUGCUUGAUCAUGCUGUUCAGUUCAGCUUGGCGUGGCUCCACAACAAGCUGCAAAGACAAAGAUUGCAGUUACAGAUUUAUAUGAAAGAUAAAUGCCCCAAGGGGCAUGAGGUAAGGAAGGCAACAUUUGGACCACCGGAUGGGUUGAAAAGACUUACCUGGUGGUGUCCACAAUGCCAGCCUCGAGUGCCACCUGAAGAGAUGGAUAUGCCUCUUGCACAAGGCACCUGAGUUGCUCAGUCUCUCUGGUUGUAUAACUUCAAGAGAUGAUGUGGGAACCAGGGAAUAAGCCCACAAUUGCAACAGAGAACUUGCAAGCCCAGCAGUCCCUUACAGGGAUUUAAGAUUUGCAACUAUGUACCUUGUGGCUUGUUCUACUCAAGUCAUUAGGUUCGCUUUCCACAAUCCAGUAGCUGUUUAGGUAAUACCUGAAGAUUUGCAGUUAAUGAAGAUGAUUCAAGAUCUGCAAAUGCAGCACCUAAGAUGAAGCUUGCUACCAAUGAUGAAGUUAUUUGGAGAGAGGGGGAAUGGCUGCCACCAACCUAGUGACAGGAAUGCCCUCUAUGUUUGGGCCAUGCUUGUCUUUGAUUUAUACAAAGCCAAGUGUUGUUUUUUCCCCCCAGAUUAUCAUUUUAUUAUAGGAAUGCCUCAUUUCAAAUAUAUUUCUUUGUUACCAAUAUUGUAAUGAGACAAUAUUUUGCAUCAUAUGUAAUGUUGUAAUAUAGGAUAAGGGAUCAAGAUUAUGCCAAGGAGUUUGGAUUUGUAAAAUAAGGAAUCUAUUUAUAGUUGGCCUGAAAUAUUGGUAUGCCAUAAAAAAAAAAAAAAAAGGAAUAGGAUUUGGCUGUGAGGAAUGGUAAGGUAGAACCUGAUUCCAGAAUCUGAUUUGUUUAGUGUUAAGUGUUAAGAUCAAAAUAAACCAAAGAUCUGAAGUUACUAAUAACACAGUGACAGUAUUUUGAAAGCUCAAUUUUCUCAGUUAUUCAAUGUUUAUCUAGAUUUAGUAGGGAGAAGAGGUUUAGAGUCCUGCUUAUUUGAAAGCUGAGAGCUCCCGAGUACAUCGAAGUUCCUGGAUUUCAUUAAAGUAUGGCUUGUUG